UUUCUGCCAGUUGAUAUGCUGAAGGAGCCACCCCAGGGUGGUUUAGAGUGUGGGCCAAUAGAGGGCCGGCGGGCCGCGGAGGGGCGUCACUGUGAGGACGGAGAAGAAGCCGAGAAGAUGAUGGAGAUCGAGCAGAUGCUGAACGUUGAGCGGGUGCGAGCCCUGGAAGCCUGGCUGGAAACCACCAACACAAAGGUGGUUCAGGUGAACGGCCAGAGGAAGUAUGGAGGUCCACCUGAAGUGUGGGACGGCCCCGCCCCAGGAUCCCGCUGUGAGGUCUACAUCAGCGAGAUCCCUCGGGACGCCUACGAGGACCUGCUCAUCCCCCUGUUCAGCUCCGUGGGGCCGUUGUGGGAGUUCCGGCUGAUGAUGAACUUCAGCGGUCAGAACCGCGGCUUCGCCUACGCCAAAUACGGGACGUCAGCUGUAGCUACCGACGCCAUCCGCCUGCUGAACGGAUACAUGCUGGAGCCCGGCUUGCGCCUCAGCGUACGGCGAAGCGUCGAGAAGAGACACCUCUGUAUUGGAGAUCUGCCGGCUGCCACCAGGCAAGAUGACCUCCUGCAGGUGCUGCGUGUAUUUGCAGAGGGGGUGGAGAAGCUGUCCCUGAAGACCGGACCUGGAAUAGACGGGGUGUCUGCCAUCGUCACCUUCUCAUCCCACCACACUGCUUCCAUGGCCAAGAAGGUGGUGGUGGAAGCAUUCAAGAAGCACUUUGCGUUGACCGUCUCAAUCAAGUGGCAGACCACAGAGAAGCUGAACCCCAACGAGCCACAACAUCUUCAGAAACCUCCAAAGAGCCUUCCGCUGCCCCCGAAGCCUCCACGCCACGCCCACAACUCUCCACGCCACGCCCACAACUCUCCACGCCACGCCCACAGCUCUCGGCACUCAGUCCUGCCUCCUCGCCUGGCGGUCCCCCCAUCCGUCCCCCCAGGUUUCUGCAGAGCAGUGGGAGGACCCCGUGUCCCACAGCAGCUUCACCCCUCCUGCUCCUCCUCCUUCUGCUCCCAGGGGCAUCUACUGUUUGCAGGAUCCCCAGUGAUGCUCCUCCAGAAGCUGUGCGAGGCGGUUGGGGUCGGCGAGCCCUGCUAUGAGAUGCAGUACAGCCACGCUGGGCCGGAUGGGUUCCUCUACUUCACCUACAAGGUGCGCAUCCCUGGGAUCACCGCAAUCUUCAAGGGGCUGGUCACCAUCCUGCCAGGACCGAACGCCGGCACCAUGGAGGAGGAGGCUCGGAGGGCCGCGGCCCAGCAGGUCCUGCAGAGGGUUUACAACCACCAGCUCACCUCCUGAGCAGCUGUUCUCCUGCUGAUGCACUGUUCCAGUCUGUUUGUGUUGUCAGCAAUGUUGUAUCUAAAAAAAAAAAAAAAGAUUUGAUCUUUUAUGUAGUUUGUUGCUUUUUGCAUGUUUUUAUUAGAGUAGCAGAAGUUUGUCUCGUUUGUUUUAUGCAUGCUUUUUACUGUGUUUCGCUGUGUUCUGUGUUACUGGAUUGGUUACUCAUUUUAAAUAAAUGAGAUUUGAAAAGA